AUUCCACAAAUAUCCCCAAUAAAUUGAAUAUUAUUAUUAACUAUAUUUACAAUAAUUUUUAUUGUAUGCAUCUCUUUAAUAUACUUUAUUUAUUUACCUAAUAAUUUAAUUUCCAAUUCAAAUGAUAAUAAAAUUAUCUCAUAUAAUUCUAAAAAUAAAUUCCUAACCUGAAAAUGAUAA